AAUGAAUGAUAUUCACAACCGUGAGGUGGGUAAUAUGUAGUUCGGUUCCAGUAAAUACAAAUCAGCUGGUGGUUUAUAGCUUUCGUACUAAAUAAGGCCCAAAAAGAUGCUACUCCAUUACAUUCAUCGACGUAGUUUUUCAUCAACCAAUCAGGUGGCAUCUUUCGCAAGAUGGUACCGCGGGCUGUGGCAACCAAAAUUAGCAAAUGAACCUCCGUACGAUCAUGUAACGCAAAUCGGGGAUCCUAUUUUAAGGCAGAAAGCCGAUUUAGUUCCACCGGAAGCUGUUACAUCGCCCGAAGUUCGCUUGCUGGUGAAACUCAUAGUGGAUGUCAUGCGGAAGUAUGAUUGCGUUGGGUUAGCUGCACCUCAGAUAGGAAUUUCCUUAAGAAUUUUGGUGAUGGAAUUCAAAGAGAAGUUACGCGAUGAAUUCACCAGCAUAGAGUAUAAAAAUAAGGAAAUGGAAACGUUACCUCUAACGGUUUUCAUCAACCCCGAACUGAAAGUCACCAACUUCGAAAAAAAGGUCUUCCCCGAGGCAUGCCAAAGCGUUCGAGGCUACAGUGGGGAAGUGUCCAGGUACUCAGAAAUACUACUCCGUGGGCUUGAUGAAAAUGGAGUCAGUAAGGAACUCACUUUGAAAGGAUGGAAUGCACGAAUUGCUCAGCACGAAAUGGAUCAUUUGAAUGGAAUCAUCUAUACGGACAUUAUGAACCGACAGACUUUCGCAUGCACAUGCUGGCAAGCGGUUAACGCGCACCGUGGACGAGUGCGUAUUGGUUUUCACAAGAAGUGAUUUGUAUACAGAACUACUAAGGAAAAAAUAUGUUGGUUAUUUUAGAAUGCUUUACGAUGCACAAAUGUUGAGAAAAAAACUGUAUUAAUGUCAAUGUUAAACAUCGGUGCUAAAAAUAUUCAAACUUCAAUUGUCUUUUCCUUGGGUUUGGAAAGAUUUAAGGUUCAACUGAGAAAGUUUCAAAAAACAAUCUUUGAAAACGAAAAAAAAAGUUUUUUCUCUGCUCUACACAAUCUUUAUGAAAAUAAAUCAAUGCGUUCAAGGCUUGUUAGAAUACUACUGAUUGAUAUGGUCGCUUUUCGAGGUUUUUUCAAUUGAAGUUUAUUUAAUUUUUAUUUGGCUUAACACAGCGACGAGCAAAAAAUGUAUUUUAUUUUGAAAAACUGCACAUACUUUAGGAAAUAUUUUUUAAAACGCCAAAUUUGCAAAAAAAAGAUUGUUUCUAGGAAACAUGUUUUAAGCCAAGGGUAGAUGCUCAUGUAAAACACGUUGAUUUAUUUGAAAAGUCAAUUUUUCCGUUGGUUAACGUCACUUUUUAAAAUGCUUCAAUGCGCAGAAUAAAAACUUUUUGACAAUGUAUUUUAACAAAUUCAAUAGCUCCUAGCUACAUUUUGGGUAUUAAAAUAGCCGAGCAAAACUAUUUAUUGAGACUCACAAACAAAACUGAUUCUCAGAGCCGUAGCGUACGAUUGGCCGGGUUGGCCAUUUCCAAGGACGCCAACCUUAGGGGGCUCUGAAAUCCUGAUCUGCUUUAUAUAAUAAUUGAGGAAAUAUGUUCAAAUAAGACAA